UCUUCUUCCUCCUUGCAAAACCCUGAGCAGCCGAAAAACCUCGCUCGGCAACAGCACGGACCUUCCGGCGCGAGGAACUCGUCGGCUCGUUGAUUCGAUCGCGCCGGAGCUAUGCACGCCGCCGCGAGAGCUCGCAGGCUCUGCCGCAUUCUCAAGCCUCCGGUUCAUCUCGGCUCGGCUGGAUUCGUCCCUCCGAAUGACCGCCGAGUCGCGGAAUGCGCUCGGAUUCGGGCGCAGGCACGUCGAGAUCGCAGCUCCUCCUUCUCCUCUGCUACUCAGUCCCUCGGUUUCGCAGGGCCGGUUCAUGGCAAUAGAUUGCCUGCAGCCUCUUAUUCAAUAAUUUCGAGUUUACAGUAUUCUUCCGAAGCAAGUGCCGGAAAGGAGGAACCCACAGAGACCGUGAAGGAGUUGUAUGACAAAAUUCUUGAGUCCGUUAACACGAAAAGAACAAUGGCUCCAAACGCAUGGACGUGGUCGAUGAUUGAAAAUUGCAAGAACAGAGAGGAUAUUAAGCUUCUCUUUGAUGUCUUGCAGAACCUACGCAGAUUUAGAUUGUCAAAUCUUCGAAUUCAUGAGAAUUUUAACUGCAACCUUUGUCGGGAAGUCACAAAAGCAUGUGUGCGUGCAAGGGCUCUUGACUUUGGUAAGAAGGCCUUGUGGGAGCAUAAUGUCUAUGGAUUGACCCCUACAAUUGGCUCUGCAAACCAUCUAUUGCAAUAUGCUAAAGAGCACAGAGAUGCUGCCCUCAUGCAGGAAGUAAUGAAGCUUUUGAAGAAGAAUAACUUGCAAUUGCAACCCAGCACGGCCGAUAUUGUCUCCAGCAUUUGUAACGAUACAGACAAUUGGGGGUUGCUUGCAAAGUAUUCGAAGAGAUUUGUCAAGGGUGGCGUGAAAUUGCAUAAAGCUGCAUUUGACAUCUGGAUGGAGUUUGCUGCAAAAGUAGGAGACGUUGAAUCUCUAUGGAAAAUUGAGAAGUUAAGAUCUGAGUCCAUGAAGCAGCACACCAUGGGCAGUGGGUUCUCAUGUGCGAAGGGACUUCUACUUGAAGGAAAACCUGAGGAGGCUGCUACAGUCAUUCACGUCUUGAAUCAGAGUUUACCUGAUGCUAAGAGGUCUGGCAUUAUGGUUGAACUUCAAAAGCUUAUCAGUGAGUGGCCAUUCGAGGUUAUCAAACGGAAGAAAGAAGACAAACGCAAGGCGUUAGCUGCUGCUCUCAAAUCUGAUAUCCCGGCCAUGGUUAGUUCCUUAUUAAACACAGGCUUGGAGGUGAAAGUGAACAUGGAAGAACUAACCACUGAAGGUGCCCUUUGUUAAAGUUUGACAGAAUUGGAGAUUGAAUGCAUUAGCUGCAGAUCUGUCUCCUAUGUGGACUGUUAAGGUUGGCAUGUUAGUUUCAGCCAAUUCCUCUGAGAAGCAAGACAAGUGGAGUACUCACGUCUUGAGCAACAUGCAUCUGAAGUUUCUCUUGCGAAGGUCCCUGAACCAUUAAAAGAUCUGCUCCUCCUUGAUUUGAAUGUUAUCAUUCCCGUACUUCCAGAUAAUGAUUCUUUUCCAUCCCCAAGAGAGUUAACUGUAUUGGAGAGAAUGGUUGCAUCAUCAACAGUUGACUGCUGAGAACAACCUCAGAUGACUAGUUUUUGCAGAGAGUAUCUUUUGGCACACGCAUUUCAGUUGGGACCAAAUGGCAGUUACAGCGACUUCAAUAAAUAUGGUGGUCCUUUCGAUUUUAAUCUAGUUUUGUGGCUUAUUUCGUUAUAAUUCUGACAGAAUUUCGCUGUCCAGAAUUAAGAAGUGCAUUCAAUC